AUGCGGUCCGCCUUCCGUUCUGCUGCCGCUGUCGGCGCGUUGGCACACAUCGCCGUUGCUGCCCCCAACCCGUAUACAUGGAAGCCGGCGCCCAAGCCUCGCGAUGUCUGGCGCCCGGCCGUGAGCUCUGACGAGCUCCAAGCCGCCAUCACGGGCGACGCACUGUUCGCACAUGAGGAGCAGCUGCAGAACUUCGCGUAUGCCUACCCGGAGCGUAACCGCAUCAUGGGCGGGCAGGCCCACAACGACACUGUCACGUACAUCUACGAGACGCUCACGGCGCUGGGCGACUACUACGAUGUGACGCUGCAGCCGUGGUCGUCGGUUGUGCAGGUCAGCGGCGAGGCCUCCCUCGCCAUUGACGGCACCAACAUCACCGAGGCCACCCUGAUGGAGUACUCUGCCAGUGGUGACGUCUCGGCGCCCCUCGUGCCUGUUUCGAACUUUGGUUGUGAUCAGUCCGACUACCCCUCUGAGGUCUCGGGCAACGUCGCCCUCAUCUCUCGCGGCAGCUGCGAGUUCGGCCUCAAGUCCGUCUACGCAGGCCUCGCCGGUGCCGUCGGCGCCGUCAUCUACAACAACAUCGAGGGCAACCUGUCCGGCACGCUGGGCACGCCGCGCGAAGAGGGCCCCUACGUGCCCACCGUCGGCAUCUCCAACUCCCUCGGUCUCGAGCUCGUUGACGAGAUCGCGGGCGGCGCAUCGCCCGUUGCCGAUCUUUUCGUCGCCACCGUUAUUGAGAACGCUACGACCUUCAACGUCCUCGCCCAAACCAAAGGCGGCGACCAAAACAACACGCUCAUCCUCUCGGGCCACUCCGACUCCGUCGCCGCGGGUCCCGGCAUCAACGACGACGGCAGCGGCAGCACCGGCAUCCUCGAAGUCGCCAUCCAACUCUCCAACUACACGACCACCAACUCGGUCCGCUUCGCCUGGUGGUCCGGCGAGGAAGAGGGCCUGCUCGGCUCGACCUACUACGUCGAAACGCUGCCCGAAUCCGAGCUCGCGAAGCUGCGUCUCAUGCUCGACUUCGACAUGAUCGCGUCGCCCAACUACAUCUACGCCGUCUACGACGGCGACGGCUCCGCCUACAACAUCUCCGGCCCCGCCGGCUCCGCCGAGGCUGAAGCGCUGUUCGUCGACUACUACGCUUCCCGCGGCGUCAACAGCACCGCCGCCGAGUUCGACGGCCGGUCUGAUUACGGCCCGUUCUUGGAUGCGGGCGUGGCGUGCGGCGGCGUCUUCACCGGCGCCGAGGGCAUCAAGACGGAGGAGGAGGCGGUGCUGUUUGGCGGCGAGGCGGGCGUCGCGUACGACGUCAACUACCACGGCGCCGGCGACACGACGGAUAACCUCGACAUGGAGGCCUUCGUGCUCAACACGCAGGCUAUCGCGCACGCUGUUGCCACGUACGCUACUAGCUUCGAUAGCUUGAACCAGGCUGCGGCCGUGGCGCGCAGGGGCGUGCAGUGGCGGAAGCCGGUGCUGGAGGGCAAGGAGGCCCCGAGGGUGGCGAGGAGCAAGAGGAAUGCGUUCAAGAGCAAGAAGACUGGCAAGCUGUUUGGUUGA